UUCAAAAAACAAAUUCUGAUAAUGAAAAUAAAAUUGAAAAAUUAAACAUGGAACAAGAGAAUGAGAUAAAAAAUUUAAAUGAGAAUAUUAAACAAUUAAAAGCUGAAAAUGAGCAAAAAGAUAAGAAAAUUAAUUAUUUUGAGAAGAAAAUUGAUGAUUUAAGCAAGGUGUAUUGCACUAGAUAUGUGGUAGUUUAUAGUUUUAAAAUUAUUAGAAAAUCUUUUUUUAAAGGAUUUUUUUAA